AUGAAUAAAGAAUGUAGUUUAAAAAAAGAAAUUCGCAACAGUGAUUUAAACAAAGACUUAUUAAGAAAGACAACUUCUUUCCCACUUUGGUUUCCUCCGGCGCUUGUUUGUCCCGAAAUCUUAAAAUCAAUCCAUGAAGGUGAACCUACAAAAUAUAUCAAAAAGAAUAUUACAACUAAAAACGUCAUUAAGAUUAGCGAUAUAAUUAAAAAUAACGCAACGAACAUUGUGAUUGGACCUCAUACAAAGUUCGUGUUAAGUAAUGGGAGCGUAACAAGUGUUCCUAACCCUAUGGUAACUGAGUUAAGAAUUAAUGGAACAUCGAAAUUAACGACUAAAAGCGUCACAAAUAAAGUUAGAGAUGUUAAAAGUCGCAAUAUUGCUAAUGAAACUAAUUCAGAAAAUACUGAAAGUUCUGAUUUAACGUCGUGUUCAUGUCCAUGUGGUGAAUCUGUUUCAAAAAAAAGUGAUACAGAAUCAACAACUAAUUCGGAAACUGAAUUAGAAGAUGACUCAUCAAAAGAAAAUGAUGGGGAUGUUACCACUCCGUUAAAAGUAAGUGAAGAAGAUGAUAAAGAGGAGAUUAAAACAACAUGUAUUUGUUUAGAUGAGGAAAAUGUUAGUACAAAGAAACCUAAGAGUACUAAAAAAGGAAAAGAUGAAGAAGAAACAACAGAAAGUAGCUCAACAGAAUCAGAAACGAGCGAUGCGGAGAUUUUUGGUGAUGAAUCUACAAACACCACUGAGAAAUUAAGUACAACAAAAACUACAAAGAAAGAUAAAGGAACAACUGAAUCUAAUAAGAAAGAAGGUGCCACAACGAAAAAGGAAAAAGAUAAUAAGAAAAAUAAAACUAAAACGAAAGAUAAAGACACUACUAUAAAGGAUAACGACAAAGAAACAACAGCAAAAGAAUCCACAACAAAUAAUGAAACUAGUACUAGUCAGAAAAGUAGUAAAAAAGAUAAAGAAAAUGAAGAAACAACGACUGUAGAAAGCACAACGAAAGAGGAAAAUAAAACUACGGAAUCAAAGAGUUCUGAAACAACCACUAAAGAAGAAACAUCAAAAAAAAGUGAAAGUACUACAAAAGAAGCAAGUUCUACUGAAAAAGGAAGUAGUGAAUCAACUACAAAAGCAACAGAAACUACGAAAGAAAAUGUCACAGAAACUACCAUAACAACAACGGCUGCAUCGACCACAAAAGAAAGUGAUGAUAAAAAUAAAACCACAACUACAGAAAAACCAUCUGAAACUACAACAAAUAAAGCAAGUACAGAAGCAAAUCAAACAACGGUAUCCACACCAGCAGCUGUAAGUGCCAAAGAAGGCAGUACAAGUUCGGAGAAAGAUAAAACUGAAGGAGCGAUGAAAGAAUCGACUAAAACCGUUGAAGUUAAUAAUACAGAAACAACAAAUGCAGAGAAAACGAAUGGGACAGAAACAACUAAAGGUAACUCAGAAACAACCAAAGAAAAUUCAGAAACAACCAAAGGAAACUCAGAAACAACUAAAGGAAACUCAGAAUCAACUUCUGAAGGAGUAAGUACAUCAUCAAAGACGACAAAUAAAAAGGGUAAUAGAAAAAAGGUAACGAUAUGCAGAAAAAAGACAACUACUGAAAAUACAGACACAGAUGAAGUUAAAGAAACUGAAGAAAGUGAAGAAACAGAAUCAACAGAAAUGGCUGAAUCAUCCGAUGAGAAUAAAGAAACGUUAGAUACUGAAGAAGAUAUAUCUCAAACAGAAAAUUUUGAUAAUGAUGUUACUCAUCGUGUAAAUCCUGUUAAAGGUAAAAAAGGCAAUAAAAUUGUUUGUGGUAAAGAACAAGUCCAAGAAGUAAAACUACUACCUGGAGUUAAUAGAUUAAACUUAGUUUUCCCUGGACAAGAAUGUUUAAAUCAAGGAAAUAUAAUAUCACAAAACGUACCGGAUGCUCAAAGUGGACUAUCAAUUAAUAGUUUACAACAACCUCAAUAUGCUCUGUACGAUCCUAAUAUGAUGAUGAGUUAUGAUAAUAAAGGAUAUCAAGGUCAAAUGAGUGGGGUAAAUCCUCAAAUACAAUUUAAUCCUUAUCAAGGGAAUCCAUCGCAAAUGCAAUACCCCCCUAAUAUUGCACAAUUACAACAAUUUGUACCUCCUCAAAAUGGAUUACCACCAAAUCUUGCCGGAGGAAAUGGACUAGAUCCAUGUUAUAUGAAUAUGAUAGGAUUUAAUCUUUCAAAUCAGCAAAAUGUAGAAGUAACUCAAACUUCAUUAAAUGUAUUAGAAACUCCCGUUUCAAAUGAGACAAUGGAAAGUGAUAAUCCGAUUAAUCAAAUUAAAAUUAUAGUUAACGAUGAGAAUUUGAAAGGAAAUAAAACUUUAUUAGCAUCGACAAAUAUUUAUCUCGUAACAACAAAAUCUCCUGAAAAUAUUACAAAAUCGACAAAUAACGAUGAAAUAUCUUCUCCUUGUAGCGUUCUUGCUGCGAUAGCGAACGAUUUGUUGGGCGAUGUAAUGAACUACGACGAUCUUUAUGAUGUUGGAAUGAAUGUUUUAAAUAAAAAUGAUACGAAUUUGUGUAGCUCGACCAUUAAAUCGGAAGGCGCUAAAACUGAUGUGACUGGUACUGCAACAACUUUAGCGGGAAAUACCAACAACUCGAGCGGGAAAUCUCCGCAAAAUCGAACUGGAUGUAAAAUGCACAUGAAAAUAGUUGGAUAUAAUCCUCCUAAUGUAACAUCUUCAAAUGAUAAAUUAAGAAGUGUGUCAAAUAAAAUGACUUUAGGAAAUGUUUCAACAACUGUUUUAAAUACUCAAAAUACUAUAAAACUUUCUACUGGAAAUAAUUAUUAUAGUACAACAAUAAACAAUUUAGAUGGACCUGUAAAAAUAAUAACCACAGGGGUAGAUACAUUAAAAGCUUUAAUAAAACCGUCAGCUUCUGAAUUGGUUCAUGACACAAAUCAAUCAAUGAGACCAAUCAUAAUUAUCAAUGAAAAUAAAAUGCCUGAAAUACCUUUGAGUAUAACAACGAGUAAUUCUAGUUCAAGUACAGAAAGUACUGAAACGACAACAAUAAAAGAAGAAAUCGAGUUAAGUAAAGACACAGAAAAUACAUCGGAUUCCACGGAAACUUUAAAGACUAAUAUUCCACUGUUUGCAAACGAAGUUCCGCUGGUGAGUGAAAUUGAAUACGCACCUGGUGUUUUUCUUCCGAAUGAAACAACGUCCGCUGCUCAAUUGAUCCUAUUUAGACAUAUUUAG